CCCCUAUACAAAGUGAUGGACAGCAAUCUGUCUCUGUGUGACUAACAGCUCAACACAGCAACCCAGCAGCGAUUGAGCAAAACGAAAACCACCAGCUCAUGCCUCGAAAUGGCAUCUAUAUAACAUAACCACCGCAACGGGUGUAGCCACUUUGCCGGGUCAACUGUGCAACCCCCUUGUUGUAGCGCCGCCAUGCCCAUCUUCACCACUUACACCCCACAUCCCAUGUCCCCAUCUCUCAGCAUCAGCACCUUUCAAGCCCUCCAAGCCAUCGACAAGCUCCAGGGCAGCGAGAACUGGCCAUCCUGGCAGCUCCUCGUCCGAGCCAGCGCCUCUGCCCUCCGCCUCUCCGCCCACCUCGACGGCGCUGCGCAGCACAAAAGCCCGCUUCUGCCUCGCGCAAGAGAAGCCCACGCCCAGGCCGAAUCUUGUGCCCGGAUCCUCAUCUUGGGAUCCAUCUCGCCGGAGCUGCGGUCUCGGCUUUGCGAGCUGGGUCUGCGCGACUAUGAUGAGUCUCCAGCCGUUGACUUGAUGAGUUGGCUGUGUGCGACUGUGAGCUCCCAGGAGGCUACCAAGACGGCGUAUGAUGACUUGGCGAAGCUCAUGCGCAUCCAUCGCAACGAUUUCCCGUCCAUGGAUGCUUACGGUAAGGAGGCGCUGAAUUUGUGGUCUCGUGUUAGACACUAUUGGCCGACCAGCGCGAAUGUCAUUGCGGCGACGUCCAUAUUAGAGGGCAUGAAGCAGUAUAACGAGCACGCGUAUCUAGGCUGGAAGCAUCUGAUUGUAUCAAGGAAGGGCAAAAUUCCUCAAGGGGACAUAUUUGAAAUUGUGGCAGCGUUGAGAGAUUGUAGUGACGUAGAGAAUCCGAUGGAUGCGUAUAGAGUUGCGAAUACAAAUACUACCGAAGAAGAUUCCAUGUACAGCCGGUUGAGCGUCAAAGGAUAGGUCGUAUGAUGAGAACAAAAAGUAAGAAGCAAAUC